UAAAGGAAGUGACUUCCAACAGCUCCUGACCCGGAAUCGGAUCAUAGCCCCGCCCCCUCCGCGCCAGGCUUCCUUCUGCAACAGGCGUGGGUCACGCUCUAGCUCGCUCUCUUUCUGCCGCCAUCUUGGUCCCGCGUUCUCCGCACAAAAUGCCCGGUGAAGCCACAGAAACCGUCCCUGCUACAGAGCAGGAGUUGCCACAGCCCCAAGCUGAGACAGCUGUGCUUCCUGUGCCUUCAGCCUUGAAUGUCACUGCUUCCUUAGGGCAGUCUAGACCAACCCUUACCCCUCCUUGCUCCCUCACCCCUCAACAAUGCCCUGUAGCAAUUGCUAACCAGCCUUCCCCAUUUCCUUCUCCCUCUACUAUUGCUUCAAUCCCUUUUGAAGCUCCUUUUCCCCAGCCAUCCUCUGGAACUGCCAUGCCUUUGGAAACUGUCCCUAACACCCCAACUUUCCUACCACACCUUAUAGGGCCUCCCAUCUCCCCAGCUGCCUUAGCUCUGGCCUCUCCCAUGAUAGGGCCAACUCUGAAAGGUGCCCAUUCCUCUUCAGCUCCCUUGGCCCUCAUUGCAUUGGCUCCCCAUUCAGUUCAGAAGAGUUCUGCUUUUCCACCUAACCCUGUUGCCUCACCUCCAACAGUUGCUGUGGCUGAGUCAGGGUCAGUGACAUGUCUACCAACUCCCAUUACUCCCUCAGAACCAAAACCCUCUCCUAUUCAGGUUCCCUCUCAGGUACUCCCUAAUCCAAAAGCUACUACCCCAAGUUCAGGUCCUCCGGGUAUAAUCAAUGCUAUUCCUUCCCAUGUUGUAAAUCCUCUGGCCUCUGUUCAAUCUGGAGUAACCUCUUGUCCUCUGACACCAUCCAUUACUCCCUCAACCAUUACUUCCCAGAUUAAAGGUAUCCCCAUUUCCUCAGCUCUGAUCCCACAAAACCCAUUAAGCCUCAGCCUGAAGGGGCCUGUUAGUUCACCUGCUGCCUUAUCACUUUCAACUCAGUCUAUUCCUGCAGUGGUCUCUUCUCAAACUGUGGCUCCCAGCAUCCCAUCAGUUUUCCCUAGUUCUCUGGGCUCUCAUCUUGGACCUUUACAUCAGAGUUCUUUGGGUUCUUCUCUCCAACCUUUAGGUCAAGCAGGUCCUAGUACACUGUCAAAUCCUGCAGUGAAUACCAUUUCUUUAGAUCAUUGUUCCUUGGGUACCUCUUAUCCAUCUCAGAGAUCUGUAAUUCCUCCCCUUUCUUCCAGAAAUGAACUGGUUACUGGUACUGUGGCUGCUCUUCCAAAAAGGUCUCCAGCUUCCUCUCUGGUUCUGUCUGUUGACAAAGGCCCCUCUACAGUGACUGGCAUAGCCUCCUACCCUUCUGGCUCUUCGAAUGUAACUACUACUAUGUCAUUAUCUCCUUCAGCCUUGCUCAUUCUUAAAGACUCUCCUAAUGCCACUCAUCAGCCUUUGGGGACUCAGAUUCUUGCCUCUCCAGGAACAGACUUGAAAGAAACACCUAUCUCCUCUGUUGGAACUACCCCACUUCUGAUGACUAACCCUUCUGUGAUUUCUGCAGCACAUACUACCUUUGAGGUAGCUGCUACUGUGUCUCCUCCAGUUUCAUCAGGUCCCAUCAGUAGUGAAGAACCAGCUUCCCCCACUGCCUUGGUUAUGUCACCUGUGGCUCAAAAAGAGCUUCCUUCUCAGAUAGCAACUACUCUGGGUAUACCAGUCUGUCCUCUGCCAGCUCUUAUAUCUCCAGCCCAGACAGGACACCCCACCAAGGAAAACCCUACUCUACUACCUUCGGCCCUCUCAGCCCCUAAAAAUUCCUCCUCUCCCCAAGGUACAUCAUCUUUGGAGAUAAUUCCUCCUGAAACCACUGUACCAAAGAAAACCCUUGUAGGGCCUCUCCCUGUAGCUGAGGCAGCCAGUGCUACUGCGUCUUCUCUGGGUGUUAACUCCCCAACCUCUAUAGUCAAGACAGAUGCUUAUACAAGCCCAGACCCUGUUAGUCUGCUUCUUAAAAGUUCUAUUGCUGCUCCAACAGUGGCUCAGGUUCCUUUGGAAAAUGUUGAUCGUGUGGGGAUGGCUCCUAAAAGUUACCCAAAUGAGAAGGACACUUCUGCUCUUGCUUUUUUACCUUUGGUUUCUCCAGCCUCUGAAAGUUGCCCGGUGGCUCCAUCUAUGACUUUAUCCUCCGAGAAUGUUUCUGUUUCUACAGUAGCAUUGGCACUGGCUCCUGAAAUUCCCAAGUCUGUGCCCUUUCCCACUCUUCCACCAGCUGGGAUUGCUCUGUCCACUGCAAAGAAUGUUGAUGGUAUUUCUCAGACCUCGUCAUUGGCAUCUUUAGCUUCCUCUCCUGUGUGCCCAAAUGAGGACCCUGGUGAUUCUGUGUCUUCCAAAGGAAUUAUAACUUACAUAGCUGACUCGCCAUGUCCUUUAGGGACUGAUGUGUCUCCUCAGACUAAAAGACCUCUAACCAAGAAGGGUUCUCCUAGCCCUGAUGUUCCUGCUGGAAAUCUAUCUUCUAUUUCUCCAGUUGAAGCUUCCUUCCUUCCAGAGGCCAAUAUUUCUUUUCAAGGCCCUAAAGGCUCACUAACCAAAAAGGAUUCUCCCACUCCCAAAAAGGCACAAGCAACUCUGGCCCCAAAAGGGGUCCCCAUUCCCCCAGCUGUUGCUCCUUCCUUGACCCAAAAGACCCCAGCAAGCCCAUCUCCCAAAGGGACUCCCACUGCCCCUGCUGUGGCUCCUACCUCCCCCAAAAAGGACCCAGUAACCACAGCCUCCAGUGGGAUCCCCGCUGCCCCAGCUGUGACUCCUUCCCAAAAAAAGACACCAACUCCAUCCCCCAAAGGGGCCCCCACCCUGCCAUCUGAUGUUCCUCCCUGUCCCAAAGAGUCCCUCACUGCCCCAACCGUGGCUUCUCCCCACAAAAAAAAGACACCAUCCCCCAAAGGAGUCCCCACUCCCCCAGCUGUGACUUCUCCCUCCCCAAAAAAGCCACCAAGAACUCCAUCUCCCAAAGAGGCCAUAGUAACCCCAUCCCCCAAAGGGGACCCCUCUCCCCCAGCUGUAACUCCUUCCUCUCCCAAAAAGACCGUAGCAAAUACAGCCCCCAAAGAGGUUCCCACUCCCCCAUCCCCAAAAAAGGCACUAACCACUCCAUCCCCCAAAGGGACCCCAACUGAGACUCCUCCCUCCCCAAAAAAGACACCAACAACUCUAUCCCCCAAAGAGACCCCAACUGAGGCUCCUCCCUCCUCCAAAGGAGCCCCCGCUCCCACUGCUGUGACCUCCCCCUCCCCAAAAAAGCCACCAACAACUCCCUCCCCCAAAGAGACCAUAGUAACCCCAUCCCCCAAAGAGGUCCCCACUCCCCCAGCUAUAACUCCUCCAACUCCCAAAAAGACCCCAGCAAAUACAGCCCCCAAAGAGGUUGUUACUCCCCCAUCCCCAAAAAAGGCACUAACCACUUCAUCCCCCAAAGGGACCCCACCUGCAACUCCUCCCUCCCCAAAAAGGGCUCCAACAACUCCAUCCCCCAAAGAGACCACAGUAACCCCAUCCCCCAAAGGGGUCCCCACUCCCCCAGCUGUGACUCCUCCCUCCCCAAAAAAGGCCCCAACAACUCCAUCCCCCAAAGAGACCACAGUAACCCCAUCCCCCAAAGGGGUCCCCACUCCCCCAGCUGUGACUCCUCCCUCGCCCAAAGGGACCCCAACUGAAACUCCUCCCUCCCCAAAAAAGGCCCCAACAACUCUAUCCCCUAAAGAGACCACAGUAACCCCAUCCCCCAAAGGGGUCCCCACUCCCCCAGCUGUGACUCCUCCCUCCCCCAAAGGGACCCCAACUGAAACUCCUCCCUCCCCAAAAAAGGCCCCAACAACUCCAUCCCCCAAAGAGACCACAGUAACCCCAUCCCCCAAGGGGGUCCCCACUCCCCCAGCUGUGACUCCCCCCUCCCCAAAAAAGACCCCAACAACUCCAUCCCCCAAAGGGACCCCAACUGAGACUCCUCCCUCCCCCAAAGGAUCCCCCACUCCUGCAACUGUGACUCCCCCUUCCCCAAAAAAGGCCCCAUUAACUCUAUCCCCCAAAGGGACCCCAACUGAGACUCCUCCUUUCCCCAAAGGAGCCCCCACUCCCACAGCUGUGACUCUCCCCUCCUCAAAAAAGGUACCAACAACUCCAUCCCCCAAAGGGACCCAAACUGAAACUCCUCCCUCCCCCAAAGAGGCCACAGUAAUCCCAUCCUCCAAAGGUGACCCCACUCCCCCAGCUGUAACUCCUCCCUCCCCCAAAAAGGCCCCAGCAAGUGCAGCCCCCAAACAAGCCACAGUAACUCCCUCCCCAAAAAAGGCCCCAGCAAGUGCGGCCCCCAAAGAGGCCACAGUAACACCAUCCCCCAAAGGGGUUUCCACUCCCCCAACUGUAACCCCUCCCUCCCCCAAAAAGGCCCCAGCAAGUGCAGCCCCCAAACAGGCCACAGCAACUCCCACCUUAAAAAAGGCCCCAGCAAGUGCAGCCCCCAAACAGGCCACAGUAACACCAUCCCCCAAAGGGGUUUCUACUCCCCCAACUGUAACCCCUCCCUCCCCCAAAAAGGCCCCAGCAGGUGCAGCCCCCAAAGAGACUACAGUAGCUCCCGCCCCAAAAAAGGCCCCAGCAAGUGCAGCCCCCAAAGAGGCCACAGUAACCCCAUCCCCCAAAGGGGUUUCCACUCCCCCAACUGUAACCCCUCCCUCCCCCAAAAAGGCCCCAGCAAGUGCAGCCCCCAAAGAGGCCACAGUAACUCCCUCCCCAAAAAAGGCCCCAGCAAGUGCGGCCCCCAAAGAGGCUACAGUAACCCCAUCCCCCAAAGGGGUCUCCACUGCCCCAGCUAACACUCCUCCCUCUCCCAAAAAGACCCCAGCAACUGCAGCAUCCAAAGAGACCCCUGCAACCCCAUCCUCCAAGGGGGCUGCUUCUCCCAAAAAAGCCACAGCAACUGCAGCCCCCAAAGAGGCCUCUACUCCCCCUGUUGUGACUCUUCUCUCUCCCAAAAAGCCCCCAGCAAGUGUACCCCCCAAAGAUGCCCAAACAACCUCAUCCCCCAGAGGGGUGCCCACUCCCCCAGUGGACACUCCUCCCACUUCCAAAAAGGCCCCAGCAACUGCAGCCCCCAAAGAGGCCACAGAAACCCCCUCCCCUGAAAAAGACUCAGCAACCACAGUCCCCAAGGAAGCCCCCCCAAAAAAGUCACCAGCAACCCCAUCCUCCAAAGGAAUUCCCACUCCUCCAGACACUACUUCCCCUCCUAAAAAGUCCUCAGCCCCCAAAGGGGCCUCCAUUCCCCCAGCUGUCACUUCUCCCUCCCCAAAAGAGGCCCCAGCUACCCCAUCCUCCAAAGGCUCUCCCACUCCCAGAGCUGUGAAUCUUCCCUCUCACCAAGAGGCUUCAUCCCCUAAGGAGGCCCACAUUCUCCCAGGCAUUACUCAUGCCUCCCCCAAAGACUCCCCUAAUUCCCCAGUGUCAGUUACAUGUACCACAGGAGCCAUUGCUCCUAAAGAACCUGAAGGCGUCCCCUCAAAGAAAAGCCCCAGGGCUCUCAAAGAAGUACUUGUUGCCCCAGCUCCAGAAAAUGAACACAUCACAGUUCCCACUCAGAAAGGCCCAGGAAGCAAGAAGAAUUCGGCAGCUUUGCCUCUUAAGUGCUCAGAUCCCUCAACUAAGAUUGAUGCUAAAGUACCCCUUUCUACAGUGACUCCGAUUCCUCUGCUGAUGGACCCUGUUUCUCCUGCAGAAAACAAAGAUCCUUUUCACUCGCCUCUGUCAAAGAUAUCUACCCCUCUAGCAGGAGUUGCCUCUGAGAAGGUCCUUCCUAUAGCUGGAUCAGCAUCUGCGUCUCCAGCACACACCCCACCAGUCUCCCUGCCUCUUGCUCCUUCCCCAGUUCCCCCUCUGCUUCCUAAACAACAGUUUCUGCCGACCUCCACUGGGCUGGUGCUGGAAUCACCCUCUAAGCCCCCAGCCCCUGCUGAUGAGGAUGAGCUGCCGCCUCUGAUUCCCCCGGAACCAAUCUCUGGGGGAGUGCCUUUCCAGUCCGUCCUUGUCAACAUGCCCACCCCCAAACCUGCUGGGGUCCCUGCCCCAACCCCCUCUGCCAAGCAACCUGUUCUGAAGAACAACAAGGGGUCUGGAACAGAAUCUGACAGUGAUGAAUCAGUACCAGAGCUUGAGGAACAAGAUUCCACACAAGCAACCACACAACAAGCACAGCUGGCAGCUGCAGCUGAAAUCGAUGAAGAACCAGUCAGUAAAGCAAAACAGAGUCGGAGUGAAAAGAAGGCACGAAAGGCUAUGUCCAAACUGGGUCUUCGACAGGUUACAGGGGUUACUAGAGUCACUAUCCGAAAAUCUAAGAAUAUCCUCUUUGUCAUCACAAAACCAGAUGUCUACAAGAGUCCAGCUUCAGAUACCUACAUAGUUUUUGGGGAAGCCAAGAUUGAAGAUUUAUCUCAGCAAGCACAGUUAGCAGCUGCUGAGAAAUUCAAAGUUCAAGGUGAAGCUGUUUCAAACAUUCAAGAAAAUACACAGACUCCAACUGUACAAGAAGAAAGUGAAGAGGAAGAGGUUGAUGAAACAGGUGUGGAAGUUAAGGAUAUAGAAUUGGUCAUGUCACAAGCAAAUGUGUCAAGAGCAAAGGCGGUCCGAGCCCUGAAGAACAACAGUAAUGAUAUUGUAAAUGCUAUAAUGGAAUUAACAAUGUAACCAUCAAAGCCAGGACCUUUUUCUGGUGUUUCAAAAGGGUAACUGCAGCUUGGUUUGAAAUUUGUACUGUUUCUAUCAUUAAUAAAGUUAUGGCUUCUUGUUGGAUGAA